AUGCUUGUCAUGGUUCCGUCACAUUUGUACCGGCCAUGGGAGCUUACGCCGACUGAUGUGCUGGCACGGUACGUGUCUGCGUCCUGUGCGCCGUCGUUGGUUAUAGCCAUUUUCCACGUGGAGAGGGGCCCGUUCUGCGAGCUGUUCCUGCAGUGCGUGACGUACGGCUUCUACACGGAGCCGUGGCAGGAGCAGCUGUACGCCGCCUUCAGCCUCAUGUGCAUGUUCGUGCUGCCGCUCGCCAUCCUCAUCGGCACAUACGUGUCCACUUUCAUCACCAUCUCACGCAGCGAGCGCGCGUUCCGGCUGGAGGCGGAGCGCGGCAGCAAGGGCGGCGUCGGCGGCGGGGGCGGCGACGCGGCGGGCGACAACCGGCGCCGCCUCAUCCGGCGAGCCAAGGCCACCUCGGUGCGCAUCUCGCUGCUCAUCGUGGCCGCCUUCGUCGUCUGCUGGACGCCCUACUACACCAUGAUGAUCAUCUUCCUCUUCCUCAACCCGGACAAGCACCUGAGCGAGGAUUUGCAGUCGGGGAUUUUCUUCUUUGGGAUGUCCAACAGCCUGGUGAAUCCUAUUAUCUACGGUGCCUUCCAUCUGUGGAGACCAAGACGUAAAAGUAGAAGUGAAUAUCGCAGGUAA